AACGCGGAAGCGGACACGCGCAUGUGGCGGGUUUGUUUUGAAAAACCAGAGAAGAUCCGAACAUGACAGAAACCGGAGCUCAGCUUUUUGCUCGUCUUGAAGCCCGUCGCAGUUUGAAGGAUAUUGAACCUCGUCUGUUUCCAGAUAAUGGCGGUCCUGAAAAUGGUGAAGUGGUGGAAAUCUUUGGACCUGAAGGGACUGGUAAGACCGAGCUCCUCUACCUGCUCCUGUCCCGCUGUAUCCUGCCCCUCUCUGCUGGAGGUCUGGAGCUCAGUGUGAUCUUUGUUGAUGCAGACUUCAGUCUGGACCUGUUCAGAUUGGUUAGCAUACUGGACAACCGGCUCCACACAACAGCUCCCUCUGGUGGCCCAGACGAGGCACUGCUCCGCUCCUGUCUGUCGCGGUUGCUGGUUCUUCACUGCUCCUCCUCCUCUCAGCUCCUUUUAACCCUUCACUUCCUGGAAACGUCCUUUGCCUCUCGCCCAGACCAAUCACUGCUCCUCAUUGACAGCAUUUCCGCCUUCUAUUGGCUGGAUCGAGCAGAGGGUAGGACCAGCUACAGCAAACAGGAAGAGAAACUCAACAAGUGCUCAGAGCUGCUGGGAAGACUGCUCAGGGAUUACAAGAUCACUGUAUUUGCCACCUGUCACUCCAUUCGACAAAACAGCAGCCCUGUGCCAUCCUCUGCACCUUCUCAUUCCUCUGCACCCUCUCCUUCUUCUGCUCCUUCCUCCUCCGCUCCCUCCCCAUCUCUGGACCAGGACAAACCGUACCUGUGUCGGGCAUGGCAAAAGCUCGUGUCGCACCGUUUAACCUGCUCCAAGAGUGAAAUUGUUCCCAAAAUGGCUACCACCACGGCUUCCUCGUUGAUGGGACCAAAGCGGAGGAGAGCCACACAGUUCACCGUCCAUUGCUCCUCCAGGAACAAAGGCUCCAGAAUCAACCACUUCACUGUGACAGACAGAGGAGUGGAGUUUAUAACGGAAUUGAACCAAGACUGA